CUCGAACAAAGAAAGCUUGAUUCAUAUCCAUUUCACUAUCACUAAUAACAUUUUCUCUCUCUCUCUAGCUUUGCCAUUAAUCAUGAGACUAUAAAGAACCCCCAUUUGCCUGGAAACAAGAAGAAUAUGUAAAAGAAGAGUUCAUGAGUUAAUAGGCCAAAAUGGAUGGCUCCCCACCUACAGAACAUAUUCUGAAGUUUCAGGAGUCCAAGAUGGACAAUUCUGUCUCCAAGAAAAGGAAGGCGGUUCAGAAGACUGCUAUCACAUUCAGAAUUGAAGCAGAUGCUGGGAAACAGAAGAGUGAGUGUCCACCUUCAGAUUUUUGGUCUUGGAGGAAAUAUGGACAGAAACCCAUCAAAGGAUCCCCCUAUCCUAGGGGCUAUUACAGGUGCAGCACCUCCAAAGGUUGUUCAGCCAAGAAGCAAGUGGAGAGAAGCAAAACAGAUUCAUCAGUUCUCAUCAUCACCUACACCUCAGAUCACAAUCAUCCAGGUCCUCAUCUUCCCUCAAUCAGUCCAAAUGAACCGUUCCUCCAGAGCCAGUCCAUUAACCAAGACUGCUCCACACCUAAGAGCCCAAGCCAACCCCACCCCACAAACGAAGAAAGCCUCAACAAGGAGAAAUUCCCCAUCCCAUCUCCACCCAAAUGCUCCCAAGAGAUUAGUAGCACCCUACAAAAUCCACCCACAGAAGUAGAAGGCCAUUAUCAUCAAUUAAAUAUCCUCUUUGAUGAAGGGGACCCCCUCUCUCACCCUCACCCCAACUCGAUGACCUUCUCAUCAACAGUACCAAACACUAAUGAGGAAAAUGACUUCUUCAAUGAGCUAGAGGAGCUGCCCAUCCCUUCAUCAAUCACAAGCUUUGUCAGAGAAAGCUUCCUUGAUGAAAGGAUCCUUUUCCUUCCUUCUGAAACUAUAUUCUCUUAAUUGUAGUUGGACUUCUUCAUACUGUACAAAACCAUGGUAGUUUCUUUUUCUUGUUUUCCUCCCUCCUUUUCCUCUGUGUGUGUGUACAAAGUUGUCUCUUGUUUGGAAAGAAAUCAUCAUGUGGGAGUGCAAAAGUUGGCUAACUUCUGGUUUUUGAGGCCUUUAUUUUUGUAUAUGCCUGAAAUGAUUAAAAUGCUUUUUCAAACAAAUGGGAGGCCCAAAAACAACCCAAAAAAAUAAAGAA